CCAAAUUUAUAUGCUUGCAGAAUUACAAAUACUGAAAAAGCUUUGUAUGUUUUGCAUUUUAAUUAUAAUUUCAACCUCGUUAAUAAUCAUUGUCAUGUCGUGUCUCGCUUUGCGUGGAAGCCACCCCGACGAACCAGCACCUCGCAAAGUUUACCAUGAACGGCAACAUUUCGAAUUAUGCGCGCUACAUGCGUUAAACAAUGUAUUUCAAGAUCCCAACGCUUUCACCAAAGAACAACUCGAUGAAAUUUGUUCAAGGUUAUCACCCGAUACUGUAUUAAACCCACACAAAAGUAUGUUGGGCACCGGUAACUACGAUGUGAAUGUCAUCAUGUCAGUUCUUCAAAGUAAAGGUCACGCAGCCGUUUGGUGGGAUAAAAGGAGGAGUCUUGAAAGAUUAUGUUUAACGAACAUCAAAGGAUUUAUUUUAAACAUUCCGUCAACAAUUGGAUGGGGUGUGCUCACCAUCCCCCUCAAGCGGCGACAUUGGAUUGCUGUCCGUGCCAUAGAAAACAUGUUUUACAAUCUUGAUUCAAAACUGAAACAGCCAGAAGUGAUUGGCGAGGCUGCGCAGUUGAAGAAAUUUCUUGCUAAAAAAUUAUCGUCGAAAAAUUGUGAACUAUUGUUGGUUGUGUCGACGGAAGUAGAAGUGGUUCGUGGAUGGAAGGAGGGGAACUCCCCAACCAACUCACUGUCUCAGUUAGAAAGUUGAAUUAGAUUGAAUCGCCUCGUUAUAAACAUGAGAUUCUAAUUUACCUCCCCAUAUUUUGUGGCCUUAAAAUAAAUUCCAUUCAUUUGAAUAUCGGCCACUUAAGCACAUUUCAUAUUUUGGGGAAUUCGUAACAAUUUAUGCCAAGAAUUCCAAUCAGUGCAACAACACUGACUUCAGCUGUUUAAAACUUUUUGUGCACGAAACACUUUGUUACUGUUCGUUGUUUAAUGUUACUAUUCAAAUACAAUUUCACCACACA